ACAAGAAGCACCUUGGUCCCUGCUUCCAGUUUAGUCGCACCUUUAUUGUGCUGAUGACAACGCUGUCCGACAUAUUGACAUUCGGUGUGAAUACGGAACUGUUACACUAAGAACUGCGAAUGGCUGUUUACCAUCAAGAACACGAUCAAGAUCGUGAUUACACAGGAGAUCGUGAUUACACAGGAUUAUCAGACGAGGCAGAACCAUCAAGACAAAUGGAGUGCAAACAUGAUUUAAGAAUUCUUCUUGUUGGAAAAACUGGCCAUGGCAAAAGUGCAACUGGGAACACCCUCCUCGGAAUCACGAGAGAAAACGGAUUCUAUGAUAAAAAGAGUCGUGUUUCUGUUACAGAAAAGUAUAAAAGGCUGGUAGAAACAAGAUUUGGAAGAAAAUUAGAAGUUGUGGACACUCCUGGAAUAUUUGAUACAUCCACUGAGCAUGAAUUUGUUUAUGAACAAAUAGUCCAAUGCAUAGGAAUAACAUUGCCAGGCUUCAAUGCUAUCUUCUUAGUACUUAAUUCAGAAGAUCGGUUUACAUCAGAAUUGGUCAAAACUGUUGACAUUUUCUUUAAAUUGUUUGGAAAAGAUGUUGAUGACUACGUUUUUGUCCUUUUUACCCGUAUGGGAUCAGAAGAUGAAUUGAAAAACUUCAUAAAAGACGGUGACAAAAAGCCAGAUGAUGAUGGAGAGAAGGCAUUUCAAGAGCUUAGAAAACGAUGUAAAGACAAACUGUUGUUCAUUGAAAACAAAGCUUCCAAAGAUGAAAAGGAAGAAAUGGUUUGGAAUAUUUUAAAAGCAGUGGAUGAAGCCAAUGCCAAAGCAUCAAGACCAUACUUUCGAAACAAAAUCACCAGAGAGCUGGAAAGAAAAGCAAAAGACUUUUAUCAGAUUCAUGUCUGUGGUUUGGGAUCUGACCGGUCAAAAGAGGAUCUAAGAAUUCUCCUCCUUGGACUACCUGGCCAUGGAAAAAGUGCAACUGGGAACUCACUUCUGAGAACAAGCUUGUUUAAUGAAAAUGCUUCAACACAGAUGAACACAGCAAUACAGAACCAAAGUUGGGAAAGCAACGGUCGUAAAGUACAGAUUUUGGAAUUCCAAGUGAUUGAUCCCUCCAGCCUAAGUGAUGAAGAUUUUAAGGAGCAACUUUUACAAGCAGAGAAAGAUUUGCAUCCCGGAUUUCAUGCAGUUUGUUUUGUAAUUGAUCCAAACAGAAUCACGGAUGUAAAAGACCAAUUCCAACGAGUCAUGGAAUACUUUGGAGAUGAUGCUAAUGAUUACGCUUUUGUAAUCAUGACUUUUACUAAAGAUGAAGAUGAACUUGAAAAACACUUCCAUGCCAAUUUUGGGGGAAAAUGUUCGGAAGUUACACCUGUAUUCAGGUUUUGUAAAGAUAAGGAGCUGUACAUAGACAAUAAGGUUCCACAAAUAGAAAAGGAAGAAAUUAUAAAGGAUAUAUUCACUUCCAUUGACAGUGCAAAUGCAAGAAAGCUUUCUCCCUGCUUCAGUUCACGUUUUAAACAAGCAAAAAUUGAGGAAGCUGCUAAAGCUGCUGAAGCUGCUAUUAAAGCUGCUGAAGCUGCAAGAGAUGCUGAAAUAAAGCACAAAGAAGAACUUCUAAAAGCUGAACGUGAGGCUUUUAAGGCAUUAAAAAAACAAAUGACUGAACAAAACACUAAAGCUGCUGAAGCUGCUGAAGCUGCUCACAAAAGGGAACUUGAAAGUGAGCGUGAACUUUAUAAAACAAAACUGAAAAUGGCUAAGCUUACUUUAAAGGCUGAACAGGAUGAGGAAGAUCGACAGGAGCGUAAAGCUUAUAAAGCAAAAAAAAGAAGGGCAAGGCAGAAAGAGGAUAAGCGAUGGGAGAAAAAAUAUAAUAGAGAAGAACAAAGAAGAGAAAAGUUGGAAAUGGAAUUGUAUAAAAUGAAGGUUGAAAAUCAAAAAUCAUCAUGUAUAAUUCAGUAAAUUCAGUGAAAAAUUGUA